GGGAAAUCACCAUGUACUGGUCUCACCAGUGGAUGGGUUACCCAGUUAAUUAAACACAGGGCUCAAUAACACCAGGGAAGCCGGGACUUGUAUUGGUGGUUUACUGAACUUCAGUGUGAAACUGUGACAAACAUAAAAGCACAUAUACAUGAGGUGAGUAUACGCUAUAUACAGUGGCGUAUUUAGCACUGGGCCCUCAUGCAGAAUUCUUACAUGUGCCCCCAAUGCCAGAAAUUAUACAUUUUUCAGUCAAAGAAAAAUACUCUCAGAUGAAGGUAAAAAAAAAAAAAAAAAUGCCAAUAAAAGUCAAAUAUCUGUCAGUCAUUACAAAAUGCUCUUGUGUGGAAAAAAAAGAGAAGAAAAAAGAAAAGACGAUGAGCAUUACAGCUCAGUUUCCUAACACAAUGUGGUGACGGCACACCAGAACAACAGAUUAAAAGCUCUUUAUCAUUUAAAUACACAACAGCUCUGCCUGUCUCUGCUUAUCUUACAGCUGCACCUUCCUGGCUUUUAUCUCUGCAAAUUUGUUUGUCAGGGUCCGGGCGGCAUGAGGCUGAGCCAGUGUCUGCCAGUGACAAUCUUGGUCUCUUGAGUACAGGAACUACUUGUGUUACACCACUGUUGAAAUAUAAGAAAUAAAAAAUUACAACCAAAUUACGGUUUCAUUUAGGUCCACCCUCGUAUUCUUACAGACAUUCCGUCUUAACAAACCAUGAAGGUGGACAGAGAAAGGAAAAAAACACAAAAAAACAUUUCCUCCACAGCAUAACUGUGUAUAUACUGCAUUCAAGUCAGGUGACACGGUGGCACUUAGAUCAGCAAGAGUCGAUCUGAAUCGUGCCAUCAGGGUAGCAAAGCGCACCCGCAGCCAGAAGAUCCAGGGCUUCUUCCAUGACCUGAGUAACACCAGACAGCUGUGGCAGGGCAUCAGGACUGUCACUGACUACAAAACAACAUCUCCCCCUCUACAAGGGGCAUCGGCUUCCUCAAUGAGCUCAAUAACUUCUUCGGAAGGUUUGAAGCCCUCAACCACACCCCUGCGAGGAAAGCCAUCCCCCUCUCCAAUGAGCAGGCACUGAGACUUGAAUUCCAGGCUGUUUUGAUAACCCUGGGGAAAGUGAAAGUGCGAAAAGCGGCAGGCCCUGAUAACAUCCCUGGACGAGUGGUCAGGGGAAUGUGCUGAUCAGCUGGCCCGGGUACUCACUGACAUCUUCAACACCUCACUGGACCAGGCUGUUGUCCCCCCAUGUUUCAAGUCUUCCACCAUCAACCCAGUGCCAAAGAAACCUGCUGUCUUCUGUCUGAACGACUUUCGCCCCGUUGCACUCACUUCCAUCUUCAUGAAGUGCUUCGAAAGGGUGAUUAAGGACUUCAUCAUUUCUAAACUCCCUCCAUCAUUUGACCUGUUCCAGUUUGCAUACCGGCCUAACCGCUCCACAGAGGAUGCCAUCUCCUCUGCCCUCCACGUCAGCCUGGAGCAACUGGAGAAGAGAAACACUCAUGUGCGAAUGCUAUUCCUGGACUUCAGUUCAGCAUUCUACACCAUCAUCCCCCAGCGUCUGGUUCACAAACUGGCUCCCCUGGACUUUAGAACCCCCCUGUGUAACCAGCUGCUGGACUUCCUCACCAACAGAACCCAGUCUGUACGGGUGGGCAGCAACAUCUUCAAUGUCAUCUCCUUGAGCACUGGCUCCCCACAGGACUGCGUCCUGAGCUCCCUGCUGUUCACCCUGAUGCCUCAUGACUGUCGUCCCAAAUUCAGCACCAACCAUAUCCUGAAGUAUGCGGACGACAGGGAGGAGGUGAGACACCUGGAGGACUGGUGCGAGGUGAACAACCUGUUUCUGAACAUCAGCAAAACAAAGGAGAUCAUUGUUGACUUCAGGAGAUCUCGGCCCAGCCACACACCACUACUCAUCAACAACACAGCAGUGGAAGUUGUCGAGAACAUCAAGUUCCUGGGGGUGCACAUCACAGACAACCUCAGCUGGUCUCUUCACAUUACAUCUCAGGCCAGGAAAGCACAGCAACGCCUGCGCUUCCUGUGCCGACUAAGAGAGCCUCCCUCCCCUCUCCCAUCCUCUCCACUUUCUACAGAGGGACCAUUGAGAGCCUGCUGACCAGCGGCAUCUCUGUCUGGUCCGGGAGCUGAAGGCUGCAGACUGGAAAUCUCUGCAGAGAGUGGUGAGGACGGCAGAGAAGAUCAUCGGCUCACCACUCCCCUCCAUUCAGGACAUUUCACACAGACGCUGCUUAGCCAGAGCGCAUCGGAUCUCCUCGGAAUCCUCCCACCCUCACCAUGGACUGUUCUCCCUGCUGGCGUACGGCAGAAGACAACCAGAUUUAUCAAUAGCUUCUUCCCCCUGGCCAUCAGACUGGACACUGUUGGUGCAACAUUCAUGUAAUAGCCUAUUUGUGCCACUCAUAUCACCGCUUCCCUGGGCUCUGUGCAAUAUUUCAUUGUUUUUAGUUAAAGACUGAUCUUUCUCAUUUAACAGAGCAAUAUUGUUUACUUUUUGUAAAAAUUUCAUUAACUAGUCAUAGAUAAUUUUUAACUGGUAGUGUUAAUCAAUCAUGUGCAUAUCCCUGUCUUCAUACCUGUUUUCGACUCUAUUUAUUUUUUGAUACUAAAGCAUUCUCUAUUUUUAUUUAUCUAGUGUUGUUAAAAACUGAGGAAGCCAAAUGCAACAAAAUGUCAUUCCUCAGUGCACUGCUGUGUAG